GGUCCGUGGCCGGGAGAGAGAACGUUGUUUUCUUGAAUUGAAAUGGUUUCCCAGUGUUUCCAUUUGUUUACUUUUUGACAUUUUCUCUCUGUCUAUAUCAAUAUCCUCAUAUCGUUCGAAAAGAAGGAUUAGGGGUUCAUAUUCAUCUUUCGAUCGCAAGACAUUCUAACCUCCAUUCUCAGAUCAUCGAAGAAUUAGAGUGGGAAACGGAUAAAACGAUCAUCCGGCAAUGGGCGAUCAGGUGGCUAGGGCAGAUGAAUUCGAGAAGAAAGCAGAGAAGAAGCUCAGCGGCUGGGGGAUAUUCGGUUCCAAGUUCGAAGACGCGGCCGAUCUCUUUGAUAAAGCCGCUAAUUCCUACAAGCUUGCUAAAUCCUGGGAUAAAGCUGGGGCUACUUAUGUCAAGCUUGCUAACUGUCAUCUGAAAUUGGACAGCAAACAUGAGGCGGCGCAAGCUUAUGUGGAUGCUGCUCACUGCUAUAAGAAAACAUCCACAAGUGAGGCAAUUUCUUGCCUGGUUCAGGCAGUGGAGAUGUUUUGUGACAUUGGAAGGAUCAGUAUGGCUGCAAGAUACAACAAGGAAAUUGCUGAGUUGUAUGAAUCAGAAGCAAAUAUAGAGAAGUCGAUCGAAUUUUAUGAAAAAGCUGCUGAUUUCUUCCAAGGCGAAGAAGUAACAACUUCUGCCAAUCAAUGCAAGCAGAAAGUAGCUCAGUUUGCUGCGCAAUUGGAACAAUACCCAAAGGCGAUAGAGAUCUAUGAAGAGAUUGCCCGCCAUUCUCUCAGUAAUAACUUGCUCAAAUAUGGAGUUAAAGGUCAUCUUCUGAAUGCUGGGAUUUGCCAUCUCUGCAAAGGUGAUGUUGUUGCAAUUACAAAUGCGCUUGAGAAAUAUCAGGAUUUGGAUCCAACAUUUUCUGGGACUCGUGAAUACAGAUUGCUAGCGGUAUGUUAUAUUCAAGAUUACUUUCUGAUGUUUAAUGAUUUUGCUUUCAGAAGCCAGGAUCUUGCUAGUGCCAUUGACGAGGAAGACAUUACAAAGUUCACUGAUGUGGUCAAGGAAUUUGACAGCAUGACCCAACUGGAUUCUUGGAAGACGACCCUUCUAUUGAGGGUGAAAGAGAAGCUGAAGGCGAAGGAGCUAGAGGAGGACGACCUCACUUAAUUUGGGUGUCUGGCUAAUGAUCAAUUACAUGACUAUAAUGUACGGGUUUGGUAUCCAGUCCAGGGUCGUCUAUCUCCGGUCUCGUUUUGUGUACUUGCUUUGAGAUUCGAUUCUGAGUGGGUAUGGUUUACGAGUUGUUGAAAUGUGCUUUGUAAUUGGUAGUAGGAUAUGGUUUCUGACUUGGGAUUUAUGAGCACAGAAAUAUAUUGGAAGAAAAAACUCUUGUUGAUUCAAAGCGUGAAGGUAUAACUAUCUCUUGUUGAUUCAAAG